AUGUCGGUUGCACAGACUGACGGAGACUUCGCCAUCAAGCCCGAGUCGGCGACGCCCACCUUGAACACCAAGGACUGGCCCUUGCUCCUCAAGAACUACGACAAGCUUCUCGUUCGCAGCGCCCACUUCACCCCCAUUCCUGCCGGUUCCUCCCCUCUCAAGCGCGACUUGAAGAGCUACAUCAAGCUCGGUGUCAUCAACCUCGACAAGCCGUCGAACCCCUCCUCGCACGAGGUUGUCGCUUGGAUCCGCCGCAUCCUCCGCUGCGAGAAGACGGGUCACUCGGGAACGCUCGACCCGAAGGUUACGGGAUGCUUGACGGUCUGCAUUGACCGCGCGACGAGGCUCGUUAAGAGCCAGCAGGGUGCCGGUAAGGAGUACGUCUGCGUGCUCCGCCUCCACGGCGGCCUUCAGUCGGAGAAGCAGCUCGCACGCGCGAUCGAGACCCUCACCGGCGCGCUCUUCCAACGCCCUCCCCUCAUCUCGGCCGUCAAGCGCCAGCUGCGCAUCCGCACAAUCUACGACUGCAAGCUCAUCGAGUUCGACAACGACCGCCACCUCGCCGUCUUCUGGGUCUCGUGCGAGGCAGGAACGUACAUCCGGACGCUUUGCGUGCACCUUGGAUUGCUGUUGGGAGUCGGUGGACACAUGCAGGAGCUGAGGCGUGUCAGGUCUGGUGCGAUGAGCGAGGCGGACGACAUCGUCACGAUGCACGACGUGCUCGACGCGCAGUGGCUCUACGACAACACCCGCGAUGAGUCGUACCUCCGCCGCGUCAUCCGCCCCCUCGAAUCCCUCCUCACCGGCUACAAACGCAUCGUCGUCAAGGACUCGGCCGUCAACGCCAUCUGCUACGGUGCCAAGCUCAUGAUCCCCGGUCUCCUGCGCUACGAGGCCGACAUCGAGUUGAACGAGGAGGUCGUCCUCAUGACGACCAAGGGAGAGGCUAUCGCGAUCGGUAUCGCGCAGAUGACCACCGUCGAGCUCUCGACUUGCGACCACGGCGUUGUUGCCAAGGUCAAGCGGUGCAUCAUGGACCGCGACACCUACCCGCGCAAGUGGGGAUUGGGCCCGACCGCGCAGAACAAGAAGAAGAUGGUCAAGGACGGCAAGCUCGACAAGCACGGCCGAACAAACGACCAGACCCCCUCCGAGUGGAAGACGACCUACGUCGACUACUCUGUCCAAGAGGCGGUGCCCGACCCUGCCGGCAGUACCGAGGAGAAGGCGGUUGAGGACGUUGCUGCUUCGCCGAGCAAGAAGGAGAAGAAGGAGAAGAAGGAGAAGAAGCGCGAGAGGGAGGGCGAGACGGAGGAGGAGCGCGCGGCGAGGAAGAAGGCCAAGAAGGCGGAGAAGGAGCGACGGAAGUCGGCGGCCGCGGACGCAUGA